UCGCUAUCCCAAGGCAGGAAAUCCAUUUGCAAACUAUUUCCAUGGAUGUACAUGUUAGUCUAUGCCAGCAACACAAGGUCUAUGCUAACAACACAAGUACAAUUGUACGAGGUUUCAGCUUUCUAUCUGUCUUUGCUGGAUUGAUGACAACGUCAACCCACUUGCCUCACCUUGUACAUUCUCUGAUGAUCCCCAAGCCAACUGCAUGCAGCGUCUUUCUUGACAGUGCACUAGAGGUUUAGUGAAAAAUGGCAGAGGCUCAAAAUCAAAGUCAAGGUUUGAAAUGCUUCAAAAGACCAGCUCGAGAGGGAGUAAACCAUUACACCAAACCCAAGAAAUGCAAAGGUUUGUCUCAGAAGCUAACAAACAGACCAAAGCAGAGAGCUCGAGUGAACAUUGGAGUGGCAAUUGAAAAGUGGCGUGAACUGAAAGCAGAACAGGGAUUGAAAUCUGACUCAGAAGUGGCCCUGUCUCUUCUGGAUGUAAUGAAGAGGUUGUCCUCCAAUUCCUCCAGUCCUCCAGCGUCCUCUGGAGCCAGUGAUAAAAAGAUUAAAUUCUCCCAAUCUGAAGUGCAGACUCUGAUCGAGCAGGAGGUUCGCAGCGCAGUGAAAAAGAAUGAAACAAAGUUGCAGAGUUUAGCAGAAGCUAUUCAACGGCUGAAUUGUGAAGUCAACCAUGAAAGCACCAUCCAAAAACUGGAGGCCCGUGUUAAUACGGUGACUAAGAGAGCAGAGGCCGCUCUUGCCAACAUGACAAAAACACAGAAAAAGAGUCCACUGGCAUGUCAUGUUAAGGUGAACAAAGUCAGGACACACUCUGAGGAUGAAAGCAUGGAAACUGUGUCGCAGAUAGACAAAAAGAGCACAGAUUGCAUGGACAUGAGCCGAGACAUCUUGCAGACGAUGGAAAGUACCAAAAAGGCACUAAAGAAGAUGCGUGCAGAUAAAGAUGCUUUGACGGCAGCCAUAGCAGAUUUAAGUGAGGAUCUGCCACUUCCGCGUACUCCUCAUGGCUCUCCUGAGUCUAAGGGACGUCUCAGGCUCAUAAAGAUGGAACCAGAUGAUUAUCAGGAAAAUGAAUACGGGGAUAAGAAGCUCAAACAGCUGAAGGAGCCAAAAUCAGUGGUCGUGAAACAGGAAUGCUUCUCUCAUGAUGAUAGUAACAGUCCCAAGCAUGCAGGCUCAGAGCAGGCCCAUGUUAAGACAGUGACUAAGAGAGCAGAGGUCGCUCUUGCCAACAUGACAAAGACACAGAAAAAGAGUCCACUGGCAUCUCAUGUUAAGGUCGACAUCAGUAGGACACAUUCUGAGGAUGAAAGCAUGGAAACCGUGUCGCAGAAUAAAAACAGCACAGACUGCAUGGACAUGAGCAGAGAUGACUUGCAUUUGAUGGAAAAUGAAAACAAGGAUGUGAAGUCCAAGCAGUUAAAGGAGCCAAAGUCUGAGGGCGUGAAACAGGAAUGCCUCUCUCCUGGUGAUGGUAACUGUUCCAAAUACAUAGACUCAGAGCAGGAACAGGAGGAGCUCUCCUAUCCUCCUCUCCCCACCACAACUUUCCCCUCCAUCAUGAGCAUAGAGGCUGCCUCAUACAACAUACCCCAGAGGCUAAAAGUACACCUGGCUCUCAUCAGGCAACCUGCUGGCCUUUCUGUGCUCUGGAACGUAGAAGAGGAAGACCCCUCAGAUCCGCCCAUGGAUAGUUACAGUAUCUUCAUAACCAUAGAAAAGGUUAAGGGUUGCGGCGUCUUCCCGGAUUGGAAAACCCUUGGUGAGGUGAGGGCCAUCCCUCUGCCCAUGUGUGUGUUGAUCAGCAAGUACCAGCCUGGGCACAAGAUGUGUGUUGCUGUCGUGGGCAAAGACAAGUUUGGCCGGUAUGGACCCUACAGUAAAGUUGUAACUGCAGUCAUACCUGAUUAGCUGGGAGGAUAUGGGGUCAAGGGAGCGAGCAGAUAUGUACAGCUACUGCCUCACGAUGCACUGUUUUCAAGUGCUUUGUAUAUUCCAAUGGAAGCAGCCAUGUUUGAGGCAUUUUGUUCUGUUUUUCUCUGUGUUUGUUAAUCUGCCACUUAGGCAGAAGAGCAUGUUAAGUAUUUAUAUUAUGUGUUUAUUCUGUGUCUAGACAGGACACACACAUCACACACAUAGGUUUCAUCAGUCGACAGUCAACUGUAGUUAGUAAACCCAUAAAUAAGCAGGUCAAUGUGAGUUGUUAUUUCACUUUGUAAAAAAGAGUUGACAAAAGUUGUAUGUAAUAUGUAUGUUAUUUUUUAAUGAUCUAAUAAAUUUGAUAUUAAAAUCUUA